AUGGCUGUUUCCGAUUAAACGUUCAUCUGAAUUCUUUCAGGAGCCGUGUUCUGUGAUAGCAUGACAGAUCGACAUUGAGAAAGGCUGAAGUGGAGAUGUUGGAAGAAUUAACGGCCAUGUCCUCCACGAGUAGAGCUAAAUACCACAGCCUCCUGGCCGCCGCGAUCGUGGGGGUCAUCCCCUUCAUUCACAUAGGUGUCAUCCAUAAAAUGAUCUGGGUCCCUAACAAGACUCCGGUAAACAGAACAGGGUGUCGAUGUGAUUGUUUUGACACAGUCUAUAAAGGAUCAUAUGAGAGACCAGGGAAAACCGGCUAUAAGCACAUGUAUUUUAACGCCACUUUUGAGAUGCUCGUCAUAUGGAUUAUAACGCUUGUAACCAUUAUCUUAUCCUACGAGUCUUUCAAGCUUCUUAUUAACCUUUACAGUAAUAGGAACCUCAGAUGGAGAAUGCUGUUAUUAUUUAUUUUAGACAUUCACCCGAAUUAUUAUUCCUUUUGGUCAUACUUCAAUUACACAAACGAUGGAUUUUAUGACCAAUUUUACCAUCAGUUAUUUUUUACGAUAACGGAACUGUAUUCAACGUGGAAUGUCUUCCGCUUGUGUGCUAAAGAUUCCAAAAUGACGUCGGGAUCUGUUGUUUCCAUAAUUGUGAUAAGUUUAGUGCAUAUUCUCGUAGGUGGAGUUGAUCAAUUUUUCGUCCAAUUGAUACUAUGGAGAGAUAAUACCUUUCAAAGAUUUAGAAAUUUAGGCUUUCUACUUCCGGAUGUUUUUCACGUGAUAUUAACCUUGUACGAGGUUGCCAGAGAAAGGCAAACAUCAUGGACACAUGCACUCACCACGAAUGAGCUCAAAUUCGGAUUAAUUUUUGUAGUUACUGGUUUUGUUUUUGGAAAACUACUGUUUAGAUGAAGCAAUCUGUUUUUUUUUCUUCUGCAUUAUAAAUUAUUAUUGAUAAGUAGCGUUCCAGUUUGGAAAACGAAAUGUUUAUUCAUUUCUUCACGUUCGGUGUUGUGAUAAUGCAGUAAAAUGAAUUUUUAUUCAAUAAUUUAUUGCUUUGAAAAAAAAUGUUAUUCAUACACACAAGGACAUUUGAUAUUUAUUCUAAGAUUCA